AUGGAGUGUGAGCAAUUUGGGAAUAGUAAACUGUUAGUUCUCGAUGGAGGUUUCUCAUCGCAAAUAUCGUGCCAUGCUGGCACUAAAGCAGAUGGUGAUCCUUUAUGGAGUGCACGGUUCCUUCAAACUAACCCUGAUGACGUUUUUCACACUCACUUGGAUUUUCUUCGAGCGGGUGCUGAUGUUAUUUCAACCAAUACUUACCAGGCAUCAGUCGAAGGAUUUGUAAAGCACCUUGGUGUAUCAUCUGAGGAAGCUUUAGAUCUAAUUAGACUAGCCGUGGACUUUGCUAAGAGAGCUCGUGACACAUACUUAGAAGAGAAUGAUGGAACAUCCCGCCGCAACUUGAAGCCCUUAAUUGCUGGUUCAGUUGGUCCAUAUGGUGCUUAUCUGCACGAUGGUUCAGAAUACUGUGGCAAUUAUGCUGAUGAAAUAUCCAGUGAAACUAUGAAAGAAUGGCAUAAACCUCGUAUAAAAACUUUAUUGGAAUCUGGGGUAGAUUUGCUUGCAAUAGAAACAAUACCAUGUUUUAAAGAAGCAGAGGUCCUUGUCAACUUGUUAAAAGAAUAUCCUUCAGCUAAAGCUUGGCUCUCAUUUAGCUGUAAAGAUGAUAAAAGUCUUGCCCAUGGUGAAGACUUUCAAACAACUGUUAUAAAGUGCUGGGAGGCUAAUCCAAAACAAUUAAUAGCAAUAGGGGUGAAUUGUUGUACUCCUAAAGUUGUCUCUAACCUGUUGAGAGGUAUUAAUGAUGGCAGAGAACAACUGAUUCCUCUUGUAACAUAUCCUAAUUCAGGAGAAACAUAUUGUCCUGAAAUUGGUUGGAUAGAUAAAGAUAAAAUUGAUUCUAUUGACAAGUAUGUCCACGAGUGGCUUGAUCUCGGUGUGAAAUAUGUUGGGGGAUGUUGUAGGACCUAUCAGGAAGAUAUCUCUCGCAUUUGUGCUUCAAAAGUAUUUGGAGUAUCACAAAAGAAGAAGGAAAGAGAUGAUAAAAUGGAAAAGUUGGUAAAUGAGAAUGAAGAAUUAAAAAAAGUAAAUUUGAUUGUAACUUUAGAAAAAACUGAACUGAAAAAAGAAAUUGAUAAGCUAAGAGACGAUAAGUUCUCCGACUACCUUAUGUUAAUGAGAGAGAGAGACGCCCGUUACACCUUGUACCACGAAAAUUUAGCUCUGGAACUGAAGUGUAAGGAAUUAGUUAACUCGUCCCAAUGUCACCAAUACAAUGAAGAGCAAGGAGAUCCUGUGAUAUUGCGAAUUGCUCUUGACCGUUGUAGAGAACAACUGUCAGCGACACAGAGCAAGCUGAAGAAAAUGAUCGAUGAUUAUUCUGACACUGUCCCGCGACGGGAGUACGAUGUCUUGGAGAACAAGCACCUCGAACUCAACAAGAAACUUGACACUCUCAAAACAGAGUACGAGGCGCUAGAUAAUUGUUACAGGCGUGUCGUAGCGCAAAAGAAAAAUUUACAAGGAGAAUUGUCCGAGAUUAAGGAGAGAUGCCGGGAGUUGGAGCGGGCCGGCACUCCGCGGCCGCAAUGGGAAAUAUGCGCUGACUUCAUUGCUGGAGGACGGGAUAGAUGGUGGCAGUUAGCUCAAGGCCUGUCCUCGAGGGACAUUUUAAUGGUGCUGCUAAAAGAACUCGGUCCCGCAGCUGAGACGGAGCACUUGGAGUACUUCGAUGGACUCGGCACGGACCCCGCGAUCCCCCCGUACCUCCGCUAUGAGGGCAAGGUGCGCAACUUGCGGCUAUCCCGGCGCGAGCUCAGCAUCGUAAUCAACGACAUCUGGAACAGCAAGCUCGAGAACGGUCGCCACGUGCCCAUGCAGGACUACGUCACCCAGUACUUUGAGGAGAGGUACGCGGCAGCGGGCGUGCGCGCGGAGUGGGCGUACAACGUGUGCGCGGGCGCGCGGAACGCGCUCGACGAGCCGCAGCUGCGGUUGUUCUGCGGCACGCUGCUGGCCGCGCUCAGCGAGGACGUGUACUGGGCGCACAGGGACGCGUACCACGCGCUCAAGGCGGAACUCUACAGGCACGCACGGGACGGAGAGACCCUCACAUUGGAAGAGUUUGAGAAAGUAGCAAAAUCAUCUUUCCCCUUGAAGAGUGAAGUGGACAUAAAGAAUCUGAGUGAUGUGGUGCGCAAGCAGCUCAAGAUGAAGAUCAACUACAACGUUGUGAACUUGGACAAUCUGUUUCUAGAGAAUGAAGAAGGAUUCGAUCGUCUAGACAUUGCCAGGGAACUGUUCCGACAAAGGCAACUGGCCCAGGACAAGUAUAUCCGGGAAAUAGUUGCGGAACUGGGCGGAAAACGUGCGUCAAACAAGUGCAUCAGUGUUGACAACCUGAAACGUGCUUUCGCGAUUGUUGAUCCCGCCAUAGAUCACAUCCGCAUGGAGCGUAACAUUCGCUGGGCGUUCUCCGACCAAACGUCGGAACUAAAUAGCAUUAGUCCAAUUCCACUACGCACUUUAGUCGCACGACUGGCCGCAGGUAACAUAGAACGAGUCGGACCUCGGUACAAGGGCGUGUAUAGAAGAACUUUUUACAAAUAA